GUUUCCUCCUCCUUUUUCUGGUUUAUACAAAAUCCACUCACCAGUAAUCCAUGUCUAAACAAACAGCUGGUAUUCCAGCUUCUAGACUAUAUACAAAACUAAAAAGAAUUGGAAAAGGUGCCUAUGGAUCAGUUUAUAAAGGCAUUAACAACAAAACGAAACAAGUGGUUGCAAUUAAGAUUCUUAACUUGGAUACUGAAGAAGACGAUGUAGUGGAUAUUCAAAAGGAAAUAACCAUGUUAUCUCAAUUAACUCAUGCCAAGUCUCAAAAUAUCACACGUUUUUAUGGCAGUAUUCUUAACGAUACAAAACUUUGGAUUAUUAUGGAUUAUGCAGCAGGUGGAAGCAUUCGUACUAUUAUGAAGGCUGGGAUUCUUGAGGAAAAAUAUAUUUCUAUUAUUGUCCGAGAAGUACUCUUGGCAUUAUCUUAUUUACAUAAGAACUUGAUCAUUCACCGAGAUAUCAAAGCUGCCAAUAUCUUACUGACAGCUGAAGGUGAUGUACAACUAUGUGAUUUUGGUGUUGCAGGUCAAACAUCAGUUAAUCAUUUGAAACGAAAUACUUUUGUUGGUACACCAUAUUGGAUGGCUCCUGAAGUGAUUCGUGAAGGUGCAUCUUACGAUUACAAGGCUGAUAUAUGGUCUCUCGGUAUCACUGUAUAUGAAAUGGCAACAGGCAAUCCUCCAUUGGCUCAUGUUGAUCCUAUGCGUGCUAUUAUCUUAAUUCCAAAAUCAAAACCACCAACUCUAGAUGCUUCUUUUUCUCCUGCCAUACGGGAAUUUGUUGAUCUCUGUUUGUGCGAAGAACCAAGUGAGAGAUGGAAUGCGGAUGAUUUAGCGAAAACGAAAUUCAUCAAGAAUACAAGUAAAACAAACAAAACGAUUCUUCGGGAUAUCAUUACUCGUUAUGAAGAUUGGAAAAAGACAAACGAUGCAAGCAAACGAAAAAGUAUCAUGUCAGAUGACUUGAGCAGUAGGUAAGUCUACAAUCAAUGAAAAAAGAAUUCUCCAACGUAUUUGAUUUUUAUUUUUAUUUUUCUUAGUGAUAGUGAAGACCCAGCCUUGGAUGAAUUUGAAGUUGAUAAUGAUGGAUGGGAAUUUGAUGU